AUGUCGACUGUACACGAAACUGCAAAGCUAGGAUUUGGAAGUGGUACGAACGAACUCUACGACAGGGCUCGUCCUACUUAUCCACCCCCCGCGCUAAACUUCAUUCGGUCUAAACUCGAAGGAAAGGGUCCUUUUGAUAUCAUAGAGGUUGCAUCUGGAACUGGCUUAUUUACGAGAACACUGCUCGCACAUCCAGAAUGGCAGGACUCUAUUGGUUCUCUCCGUGCGGUAGAGCCUUCAGAGGGCAUGCGUACCACGUUUGCCUCCAAAACGGACGACUCUCGCAUUUCGCUCAAGGAUGGCACAUUUAUCUCUACUGGAGAGGAGAGUGAAUCAGCUGAUGCUGUUAUGAUAGCACAGGCGUUCCACUGGGCUCACCCAGCAUACGACGAGACCAUGAAAGAGAUCGCGCGUAUCUUGAAGCCCAAUGGGACCGCAUUCUUCAUCUGGAACUUGGAGGAUAG